CUACCCAACCCGACUGCCAUUACAUUUGGUAUCAGUCUUCGUGGACUAACACGUUGGAAAUGUCUGCCAAAGUAAAGGAAUACGUCGACGUGACGAAGCAAGCGGACGGAGGCUAUGCCGAUGUUUCGAAAGAUGCAAAGCCGAUGAGCAAGCAGGAGGAAGCCGAAGCGGAGAGUAGUCGCGUCCGUGAAGAGGAAGGCCCAGCACCACCGGCCUACACAACCCCGUCGGCGAAGCCAACAGAGACAGCGUCAUCCGGACAGGCGCAACCCAUCUCCUUAGUCGACGACGUCAGCGCCGACGUGCAAUCCCUCGCAGUCGGCGACCCCAAAGAAACCAUAUCCGUCCCGAUGAUCCACAGCGUCGAGAAGCGCAACCUGAAGAAGCUCUUCUCGAGCGAGCGCAAAACGAUUUCGCAAACCGUCAUUGUGCGUAAGAUGCCGCGCGAGCACUAUCUGAAACACUACGCGAAGGACGCCGAGGGCAACUACGUCGGGACGGAGAAGCCGGCGGUGGAUGCGGGCCUGGUGUUUGUGCCGUCGAAGAGCACGCCCGAGGAUAUCUUGCAGCAGGUGCGGACGGUGGCGUUUGGGAAGAAUCAUUAUGCCAUGGAUUUCUCGGGCGGGAUGACUAUGGCGCCGUUCUUGAUGGGCGGGAGCACUGGUGGAUGAACCUGCUGUGGGGCGUUAGUAUCGCUGGAGCAGUGCGGCUGGAGUUGGGAGCUUACUUUACAUCUUGCUGGAUUAGAGGACGUACUUCCAACUGGGGAUGAGGUUAUCAAGGGUCGAUG